CCGGAAGUAAACAUGUGACUGACCCCUAUGAUUAGUCAUUCUUAAAGAUUGCAUCUGCAGGUUAACAGUAUCUUUAGCAUCAAGGAUGGUUGCAGUUACCGAAACAGGUUCUCCAUAUUCUACGCCAGUUGCCUUUAUAUAUGUUUUCAAUUUGAUUAUUGGAGUUGGAGCAUUGACAAUGCCCAAGGCAUUUGCAAAUGCGGGUUGGUUGAUCGCAUCAGUUCUGAUAGGUAUUUUAUGCCUGAUGAGUUUUAUAACCUCCACAUUCAUGGUAGAGGCAAUGGCUGCUGCUAAUGCUAUGUUACGUCUAAAAGCAAGAGAAAAAAGUUUGUCAGCACCAAUACAUCCUUCUACUGGUAGUGCCUUAAGUGCUGGUUCUAAUGGCGAAAAAGAUUCAUCUUCUGAUGACCCUGAUGAGAAUGUGCCGCUGCUUAUUAAUGCAUUGGGUAGCUCAAGAGGAGAUCUCUAUGAUAUAUCCAAGCGUGUAGAAAUGGGUCAGAUGGCCAACCUUUUUUUCAGUAAACUUGGAGUCCGACUGUUCUACUUCUGCAUUGUGUUGUACCUGUACGGUGAUUUGGCAAUAUAUGCAGCUGCUGUUCCAAAGUCUUUAACUAAAGUGACAUGCGGAUCUUGGAAUGAAACUGAUUCUACCAAAUCCAACAACAAGACUUGUCCAGGAUGGGGCUCUGUCACACAAGGCAAUGUUUAUCGUGUCUUUUUAGCCAUUUUCACCGUCACAUUAGGACCAUUUGCAUUUUUCAACGUACAGAAAACAAAAUACUUGCAGAUUUUUACCACACUCAUGAGAUGGGUUGCCUUUAUCAUGAUGAUUGUCAUCGCUGUAGUCAAGAUUGGUAAGGGCCAGGGGGAGCAUGAUACACCUACAGCAAGCAUCUCCGGGCUACCUAAUCUGUUCGGAGUGUGUGUGUACUCAUACAUGUGCCAGCAUUCGCUCCCAUCUCUAAUCACACCAAUGAAGAACAAGUCGCGUAUCACGUUGCUCUUUGUCGCUGACUUCGCCAUAGUCCUGAUUUUUUACGCUCUGUUGUCCUUCACCGCCAUCUUUGCCUUCCGCUCAGAGGACUUGAACGACUUGUAUACGCUUAACUUCAGGAAAACCUCCGGCAGCUUUGUGGGAUAUUUCCUCGCACUGUUUCCCGUUUUCACUCUCAGCACCAAUUUCCCGAUCAUUUCCAUAACCCUCCGCGACAAUCUAAAGAAUUUGUUUCACCGCGAAGGACGACCCUACCCCUGGGUCGUGGACCGGAUCGUUUUUCCACUCUCCACGAUCACCUUGCCUAUCAUAGUGGCCUUCAUUACGCAGAACUUGGAAAUACUCGUCGGCGUAACGGGGUCUUACGCCGGCACUGGAGUGCAGUAUGUUAUCCCAGCCUGCCUUGCGUACUUUGGCAAGAAACAGUUGACGGAGAUGACAGGUCGCUAUGACAACAAGCACAAGUCUCCCUUCGGAUGGAGUUUGUGGAUCGUGUUCGUGAUUGGCUGGGCGUUUGUCUGUAUAGCUUUGGUGACGGUAAAUCAUAUCAUUGCCAAAAAAUAAUCUGAUAGAAUCAUUUCCAAAAAUGAGUAAUUAUGCUGUGAAAUCGAUGAAUUGGGCGGUAUCAAGAACAAAUAUAAAUUAUUAUUAUUAUUGUUAAUAUUAUUAAAUAAUUUGUAAUUAACUAUAAAAUUGAUAAGCUGCUUCAGGUGUUAAGAUUUUGAUAUGAAGAUUAAAAUCAGAGGCCAUAUGCUGGAUCUGAAUAUUAUUAUUAUGAAGUUGCAGGUUCAAUUUUGAUUAAUUCUCCAUCACAUUAAAUGAGUAACGGUUGAUUGUGUCGUCUAAUCGUCUGGGUGAGAAUAGGACUCUUGUUGAUACGAGUCCAAGUUUAUUCUAGAAAUUGGUCAAAGAGGGUAGAGAAAGCCCUUUGUCAAGAAAGGGCCAGGACAGCGGCUACGCAGAAAGAUGUUUGAACUAAUGUGUUUAGUCUUGUCGGUGGUAGAACGAGAUAGAGAAAAGCAGAGCUGCGCUCUAGAAUGGAGCUUGGUAGUAACUGACGAUUUGACAACUUGAGGGGAAUUCAGGAGGUGAGGAGGUGAUUGUCAGUUGAAUGUAAUAAGUUGGUUCGUGGAAAGUAAUUGGUCAGUUUUGAUGUGUUUUUAUAGGCUGUUAGAUUCAAAUCAUUGUGACCGACAACAUUACUUUACACGACCACUCUCGCCAGGACAAUCAGACGACACCAUCAUUUUCGAUUGUCUCUUUGUUCCUUUAAUACAGGAAGAAUUAGAUGUAGUUUAGGAAUUUAUUUUCAAAAAUAAAAUUUUAACUAUGAGUGGUUCUUA